UAGGAAAGCAGGAAGGUGUAGCUCAACGAAGGCCAAGUUUGAGAAGUGACGGUGCCGCAACGCAACCCUCUCCAGCGACAGGUCCACUGCGCGGAAGCCUUGUUGCGCACAGCCGCAAUGUCCACGCCACAACCAGCUGCCGGGCGCAUCCGGCUGAACGUCGGCGGGCAGGUAUUCGAGACGACGGCUGACACGCUGACGCUCACAGGCGCGGGCGAGGGAACCAUGCUCGGUGCCAUGUUGGAACCUUGCUGGAACACCGGCGCCACCCGGGGCGUGCCUGAGUACUUCAUCGACCGUGACCCGGCCUGCUUCGCCUCGCUCCUCAACAUGCUCCGCACGGGCGAGCUGCAUGUCCCGGCUGGCGUCCCGGAGCGGAUGCUCUUCCAGGAGGCAUCCUGCUACGGCCUCCUCGACCGCGUCCGCGCCGCUCGCAUCGGUGAGCUCGACCUCGACAGGGCCCGGCUGGCUGCCUCCGUGCCGCCGGGGCGGGCACCGGUGGACCGCCCGGCCGUCCGCGCGGCGCCGGACGGAGGGUGCUGCGUCACGCACGGCCCCAUCGCGCGGGUCUACAACUGGAUGCUCGAGGAGCGCCGGCCGGUCUGCCUGACGCCUGUCGAUCCGGUCCUCGAUGCGGCCUACCUCAGUGACUAAACAUUCCUCGUCGCGGGCCGCGGCAUGGCGGCUUUCUCCGUGC